UAUCUUAUAUAGUUAUUUAAAUUUAAUUCUUUUUAUUUUUAUAUUUGAAGAAUACAACUGGAACUGAAAAUAUUAUAAUGAAUGAUAUGAAAUGGAUUGGAUUUCAAAAGACAAGCAGUAUUAUUGUCUAUUGCAAAGGUUAUAUUGGACUUCUUUUUCUUCUUACAUUUCAAGCAAUUGUAACAAAUCGUCAGAAAGUAAUAAGACAUCAAAAUAAACUACUAGAACCAAAAGCAGGUAUUCUGUUUCCCGAAAUUUCUCGAAAAGAAGCAGAUGAAGGCAUUAUUGAAUGUAUUAAAUAUCUUUUUAAUUAUUUCUUUUAUAAAACUGGUGUUGAGUUUUGUUUUAUCAUUAUGGUAUGCUGUAUUGGGAUUAGACCAGAUAUAUUUUCUAUAAUAUCAGCUCUUUGGUUAUAUUUACUAUUCUUGCUUCAUCGAGAAACUCUUGCUAAAAUAUGGCCUUUUUACAUAGCAUAUCUAUGCUUUUUACUUCCACUUCAAUAUAUGCUUUGUCUUGGUAUUCCUCCAAGUUUUUGCUUUGAAUAUCUGUGGACUGAUUUAAUAGAUUCAGGUACUAGGGAAUGGCUUUAUCUUCCUGACAAUAAAGAACCACCAGAAGUAUCUAAAAUAUUAGUGGAAUUUUUUCAGCUCUUAUUUGCUUGUUGUCAAUUCUACGUAUUUUCAAUUGAGAUGAGUCCUAAUGCAGAGAGUUACAAAGGCGGUAGUAAUAAAGAAAUUUCAAAUUUGUUAUUUGAAGAAAAACAAGAAAAUCUGGUAUCAGAUUUUAUUACAUUUACAAAGUCUUAUUUAGACAUGAUAAAAAUUGCUGUAUUUUUCUCAUCAUAUUGGAUAACAUUAGCACUUCUAUUUUUUGCUGGUACUGUAAGAAUUAAUUUAUUUGCUAUGGGUUAUGUUUUUGGAUGUUUUUUCUUUUUGUGGAAUGGACAGGAAUUGUAUUUGCAGCCUUUGAAGCAGUUGUUACAAAUGUGGAAUUAUCUUUUAUCAUACAAUGUAUUUGUGAUAUUAUUCAAGGCAAUACUACAGAUGAAGGAGUUACGUAAUUUUGGAAAAAUAGAUGACGGUGCUUUAAUGCAUUAUGUGAUUAAAGGGAUUAAUGAUAAACAUGAAAACAAAGCUAUUUUAUAUGGAUGUAAAGACUUGUUGGAAUUUAAAGAAAAACUUAAAGUCUAUGAAGUAAUAAAAAGUGAUUCUGUUAAGAGUAAAGGCGUUUUCGAUAGAGUGAAGCCUAAACAUGAUUCUUACAAUAGAAAUAAUAAUACUUUUGAUAGAAACAAACCAAGUUAUGGAAAUUAUGGAUCUAACACAAAAUGCGAAAAUGGAAAUAAAAAUAACAUAAAUGUUGGAAACACUUUAAACAUUUAUCCUUAUGAAUACAAAUUUGGCCUUAUGGCCAAAUGCGAAGCGUUUGGCCAUAAGGCUUCUGAAUGUCCAAGGUCAAAUUCGAAACCAGAAGUUGCCACUUUAGACGUUACUAUAAAACCGAAAUUGUUUAAGACGAUAAUAAUUGGUAACAUAGGUAUAAAGGCAGUGAUAGACACUGGAAGUCAAGCAACGUUACUUAGAAAAUCUGUUUUUGAUAAAUUAAGCUUUAGGAGGUUAUCCCCAAUUAAUUCUACUUUGAAUGGAUUUGGAAAAUCAGUAGUUGAUCCAUUGGGCUGUUUUACAGAAAUAUUCAAAUAG